UCAAGUUCUCAGAUUGGCCUUCUCAAGCAGAUUCUUGAGGUCCUCCAGAACUCCACGAUCGCCAAGGAGAAAGCAAAGGAUCCGCUUUCUGAAUUUUGGGCAGACUACGAAACUAGGUCUGGCCAGUAUGACGAUGACAUGUUAAAGAGGUGUAAUCAAAGUUUGCAGAUAGUUCUGCUCUUCGUACGUGCAAUA